AUGGAACUAAUUAAUAAAAGUUAUCCUGAGGAGUUUAUUCUACUAGGGUUUGUUGAUCGCCCAUGGCUAGAACUUCCUGUGUUCUUUAUUCUUCUUGUAACAUAUCCCUUGGCCAUGGUGGGAAAUAUAGCCAUCAUUCUGGUGUCCAUUUUAGAUUCUCACCUGCACAGCCCCAUGUAUUUCUUCCUCACUAAUCUCUCCUUUUUGGACAUGUGCUAUACCACAAGCAUUGUCCCUCAGAUGCUCUUUAACCUGGGUGGUUCCAAGAAGACAAUCAGCUACUUGGGCUGUGCCGUUCAGCUUUAUUUCUUCCAUACAAUGGGGGGCACAGAAUGCCUGCUGUUGGCUCUUAUGUCUUUUGACCGCUACGUGGCCAUCUGCAAGCCCCUACACUAUACCCUCAUCAUGAACCGGAAUGUCUGUGCUGCAUUAGCGUCCAUUGUGUGGCUGAGUGGGAUCACCUAUGCAGUCUCAGAGGCCACUGUCACAUUGCAGUUACCACUGUGUGGAAUCAAUAAGUUGGAUCACUUGUUGUGUGAGAUUCCAGUUUUGAUAAAGACCGCCUGUGGCGAGAAAAGUGCUAAUGAGCUCACACUCUCCAUGGUAUGCAUUUUCAUGUUGGCUGUUCCACUGUGCUUAGUUCUUGCUUCCUAUGCUUGUAUUGGACAUGCUGUAUUUAAAAUGAAAUCUGAGGGGAGAAAAAAGGCAUUUGGAACAUGUUCCUCCCAUCUAGUUGUUGUGUUACUAUUUUAUGGUCCAGCUAUUAGCAUGUACCUGCAACCACCGUCCUCCAUCUCAAGAGACCAGCCCAAGUUCAUGGCUCUUUUCUAUGGAGUGGUGACACCUACACUCAAUCCUUUCAUUUACACCCUGAGGAAUAAGGAUGUAAAGGGUGCCAUAGGUAACCUGAUAAGGAGCACUUUUACCUCCAAGAGCUAG